AUGUCCACUCCAGCAGAAAAUGAGGCUGAUAAUGAACACCAGAAAAGCAAAAAGCCAGCAGAUACCGCUUUUAAACAACAGAGACUCCCGGCAUGGCAACCAAUUAUCACAGCAAAUACAGCAUUACCUGUGUUUUUAGCAAUUGGUUUGAUAUUCAUUCCAAUUGGUAUUGUACUGGUCGUCACAUCCGAACGAGUUUUGGAGUUCGAUUUGGAUUAUACUGAUACGAAUUGUAUGAGCUUGAAUGUAUCAAAUACAACGUGUGCAGAUGUUUUAGCACAAGCAAAUUAUACAGGUGCAAGUUGUACAUGUCAGAAGUCUUUUACUUUAGACAAAGAUUUUGAAGGUGAUGUAUAUUUUUACUAUGGUUUGGUAAAUUAUUAUCAAAAUCAUCGUCGAUAUGUUCGAUCUCGAGAUGAUAAUCAGUUAUUAGGAAAGAAAGACGCUGUUUCAUCUGAUUGUCAGCCAUUCCAAAAAUCAGUCAAUGGUACAGACAUUACACCAUGUGGUGCAAUUGCAAAUUCCAAAUUCAAUGAUUCAUUGGUCUUAUCUAUGAAUGGGAAUAUCAGUGUACCACUCUUGAGAACAGGAAUUGCCUGGUCAACUGACAAAGCAGUCAAAUUCAAAAAUCCCGAUAAUCCUCAAAAUUGGUUCGCGACAAAUCCGCGACCACCAAAUUGGCAACAAGAUGCUUGGCAUUUAGAUACAAAUCUGACUGAUGAUAAUAAUGGUUAUCAAAACGAAGAUUUUAUCGUCUGGAUGCGAACUGCUGCAAUGCCAACAUUUAGAAAAUUAUAUCGAAAAUUGAGUUUAACUGAAUCAACCACGUUUCAAAAUGGUUUACCCAAAGGAACUUAUGUUCUUACAAUAACUUAUAAUUAUCCGGUUACAAGUUUUUCUGGACGAAAACAAUUUAUCAUUAGUACGACAUCAUGGAUGGGCGGAAAAAAUCCGUUUCUCGGUUGGGCCUAUAUCACUGUUGGCAUCAUUUGUAUGAUCACAUUUGUCGUAUUCCUUGUUCUUCAUAAAACAUGGAAAACACAAAAUCGUCCACCAAUAUUGACAUUACAAAUGUCUCGAAUUCCCCCUGUUAUUCCAUUAGAUGGAAGGACUCUCAGUUCAUCCCCUGAACGUUCAUCAGUAGAUGAAAUCAAUCCAAAACCAGUUGUUUCGUCAUCGAUCACAUUUCCAGCAAGUAACCAACAACAUCAGAAUGGUUUAUCAUCGAAUCUCUCUGGUACAAUCGAUUCUUUCAAUAACAAAACUUCAACUGUUGGAAAUGUUCCUAGUGGUGAAAUGUCGAGCAUGAGUAUCUCGAUUGACUCUUGUUCAUCUCCAACCGAUGAUUUAUCAUUGGAACAAAAGAGUCAUUUAUUACGUGAAUCAGCUGAUCAAGUGAAUUUAUCUUCGUUAAAAUAUCUUCAAACGAAACAACGUCAGAUAAAUCAUCGACGGAAUAAAAGUGAACCAGUUAUUCUCGGAAAUCUUGCUGAACUUUCGUCUUUAACUUCUUAUCCAAAUACAUCAACAAAAGCCAUGCUUGAAUCGUCAUCGACAAGCACGACCAGUAACGAAUCAGCAUUGAGUGCAAAUGCUUCGUUUGAAAAGAAAAAGAAAAGUUCAAACAAGAAAACUUCACCAAUUUUAACUGAUAAUAAACAAAUAUUAAAUCAAGAGAGACCUUCGACAUCGUCGAUUACAAAGAAGAAGAAACCUUGGUAUAAUCCAUUUCAAUCGACAUAUCGACAAAGAAAUGAAGAUUUUCGAAAACUAUUCAAAGAUUUACCAGCGGACGAGCGACUAAUUGUUGAUUAUUCAUGUGCAUGGCAAAAAGAAAUUCUCACACAAGGUCGAAUGUACAUAUCACAAAAUUAUUUAUGUUUCCAUGCAAAUUUUCUCAAAUGGGAAACGAGUUUAUGUUUAAAAUUUCAAGAUAUUAUCGGAAUAACACGUGAAAAAACAGCAAAAGUCAUUCCAAAUGCCAUUGAAGUUCGAACGAAUAAAAGUGAAAAANUUAGAAUGCGAUUUAUAGAUUAUUCAUGUGCAUGGCAAAAAGAAAUUCUCACACAAGGUCGAAUGUACAUAUCACAAAAUUAUUUAUGUUUCCAUGCAAAUUUUCUCAAAUGGGAAACGAGUUUAUGUUUAAAAUUUCAAGAUAUUAUCGGAAUAACACGUGAAAAAACAGCAAAAGUCAUUCCAAAUGCCAUUGAAGUUCGAACGAAUAAAAGUGAAAAAUAUUUCUUCGCAAGUUUUGCGACACGUGAUAAAAGUUAUGCAAUGAUAUUUCGAAUCUGGCAAACAAUAUUUGCUGAACAACCAAUCUCAACUCAACAAAUGUGGAAUAUGAUUCGUGAAAGUUAUGGAAAUGAUUUAGAUAUGAUUACAGAUGAAGAAGAUUCAUAUAACAAAACAACAUCAACAAACUCAACACCUGAUAAAACUUCACUGAGACAACAAGAGCGUGAUAUAUCAAAUUCAAUAAGUUCGACAAAUAGUAAAAAAGAAGAAAUAGACGAUCAUUCAAGUAUUUCAUCGAGAAGUGAAAGACCAACAGAUGAUGAUAUCGAUGUUGAUGAUGAUCUUGGAAUAAUUCCAAUUGGAGAAGAAGCCAAUACAAAUACAUUAAUUCGUCAACCUCCAUCUACUCUCAAUAAACAAGAAAAUCCUUUAUUAACAAUGACAGAUCAUUCUGAACAAACAUAUUUAAAUACGUGUCCAUGUCAAUCCCAUUUAGCAACAAAAUUAAUCGAUCGAUCAUAUUCAACAUCAGUUCAACGUUUAUUUGAAUAUAUAUUUGAUGAUCGAGAUUUUCUCGCUGCUUAUCACGCUUCACGUCGAAUAAAAGAUUUUCAAACGGGAGAAUGGAUCGUCAAUCCUGAAACAGGAAAAAGAGAACGUCUUUGUACUUACAAAGUUGGUGUUGCUGCUGUGUUCGGUGCAACAACGAUCUGUUCCAAUGAAAAACAAAUUAUCGAUUGUGAAUCAUCCAAAUCUCAUUACAUAAUCGAUACGGAAGUUCGAAAUGAAGGAAUUCGAUAUGCGGACACAUUCUUCAUUGCAUCUCGUUAUUGUCUUAUUCAAACAGGUCCAAACAAAUCCCAUUUGAAAGUCACGUGUGAAGUUCGAUAUGUAAAAAGUGUUAUGGUGAUCAUCAAAUCUUUUGUCGAAAAGAAUGCCAUGGCUGCUCUUCAGGAUUCAUUUACAGAUUUGAACAAUCGAAUCGAAUUAUCAACAUCAACAGUGAAACGAAUUGAACAUGAAACAUCUGGUCGACAAAGAUCAUCAAGUCGAACGAAUCAUUAUGAGAAAGAGAAGAGUAACUCAUUACCGAAGAAGAAACAUCCGAGAAAACAACAAAUUAAUGAAAAUGAUUCUUCAAUUGAUAAUUCCACAUCUGUUCGAUAUCGAAAUGUCACUCGUCAAGAAGAUCAACAACCGAAUGAUUCAAAUUUAUCUCAAUCAACCGAUUUGACUUCAUCAACAUGGUCAACAAAGAAUUUCUUAUUUCCAUUUUGUAUAAUCAUAAUGUUAAUUUUACUUACUGUGAAUAUCUUUCUAUGCGUUAAAUUAAAUGAAAUCGAUCGAAUGACUGAUCGUCUUGUACAAAACUAUCCAUUGUGGUCAAACGAUUUCUCAUAUCCGAAACAAGAUAAUGAAUGGUCGAUUUUAUUAAAAAGACAAGAAGAAUAUUAUCAAACGAAGUUAAAUGGACUUCAUUCGGUUUUAUUAUCAACUCACAAUGCAUUGAAAAAUGUAACCGAUGCUCUUAAUGAAUUAUCGAAAUUGAGUAGUGGAUCGAAAUAA